AUGUAUUAUUUCUUUGAUCUUACUGUUUAGGAAAGCACUAAUAAGCAACUCGUAUGCCUCAUGUGCUGGGGAUUUUUGACUUAGUAUUAAAAAAAGAAGCACAAUGCUCAUAGUGUCUACAUAAUUACUCCUCAAUUUUGCAGAAAUGAAGAUAUGUUUGUUAAGAAGGCACAUGAGCAUAAUAAACUUAAGGAAAACAAUACUUUAAUUGCUCUCUUUAACUCAUAAUGUGCGUAGCUGAUUGAAAAUCAUUAUAUGCAGCCUGUAAGAGGCGCUUAACAUAAGCCAGUAAUGCCAACUUAAGCAGCUUAUGUUUAAGGUGCAUAGCAAAUGAAUCUACCUCCAAAUACCUAGAAUUUCAUAGAGCUAAGAAAUCUUUCCUAAAGAUAACUAGAUUAAGAAAUGAGGCUUAAAAGAUUUCUGUAUAUGCAUUAGGAAUUAAAGGACUAAUUUGAAACUCAAUAAACUCAACUGAAAUUAAUCUUGAAUAAACUAGAAGAAUUUCAAAACUCGAAUUGCAAAUGUGAUAAGAUUGUUCUGCCUAAUAGUUAACCAAGUCAGGCUGAUGUAAAGUUGGGUUUUUCUCAAAAGUCUCACGACUUAAUCAAUAGCUAGAAUGAAAAUUACAAAUAGUCUUAAAGUACUAACACAAAUCCACAUCCACUCGAUCCAUUCUAAAACUCCUAAAAUUUUUCAAAUCAUCUAACAGAGACAAAAAUUGAACAAAUAAAUAGAGACAUGGUUAGUAUGGCAUUUGCAACAAAUUAAUCAGGAUUAACGGCAAAAGAUAUUAUUGUAGACACCUCAGCUUUAUUCAAUCUUGAUGGCUAUGGGCUAAAACCUAAGUAAGAGUAUGAGGAAGAUUUAAAAUUAACUCAGUCUGGAUUCACGAACAUUAAAAGCAAGAAGAGAAAGUCAACAGAUUCUCCGAAAGAUGAUCUGAAACCAGAUACAAUUGAGACUAUGUUGACACCUACUACCAACCCAUCCAACGAAUCUUCGGAACCCAAAGUUAGUAAGAGAGGCUCUCCUCAAAUUGGAAAGACUAUUUGCCUUUCCGAGAUAUAAACCAUAGAAAAUUUUAAGUUCAAAAGGACAAGAUGA